GCGCGCGGUCUUUUCGCCAUAUUUGUGCUCGUAGAGCAGGUGAGCGCUCCUGAAAAGAAAAGUGAAGAUGCCAGGAAGACUGUGGAGCAAGGCCAUCUUUACGGGCUACAAGCGCGGCCUUCGCAACCAGCGCGAGCACACGGCGCUGCUCAAGCUGGAAGGCUGCUACAGCCGCAACGAGGUCGAUUUCUACCUGGGCAAGCGAUGCGCCUACGUCUACAAGGCCAAAAAGAACACAGUGACGCCGGGCGGCAAGCCCAACAAGACGCGUGUGAUUUGGGGCAAGGUGACACGCGCCCACGGCAACAGCGGGAUGGUGAGGGCAAAGUUCACCAGCAACCUGCCCGCCAAAGCAAUCGGACAUCGCAUCAGAGUGAUGUUGUACCCUUCUCGAGUGUGAGCAAGGCUUACCGGCACCCAGCAGCGGAUUUUUGUUUGUAAAUAAACAAUAAAAAGAUGGACGCCUCCACA